AUGAGGUUACUGUCAGAACCAAGUCAGAGAGUAAAGGCAAUGAGGUUACUGUCAGAACCAAGUCAGAGAGUAAAGGCAAUGAGGUUACUGUCAGAACCAAGUCAGAGAGUAUCAGCAAUGAGGUCACAGUUAGAACCAAGUCAGAGAAUCAACCCAGUUCAUCAACCAGGGGGAAAGGCCAAAUACAGGACCUACAGUCCAACAUCUUUAGUUAAUGCCUACACUGCAGUUAAGGAAGAUCACGUAUCAAUUAGAAGAGCAAGCAUUACGUAUGGGGUACCAUUUCAAACCUUAAGAGACCGCAUAACUGGUAUAGUUGACCCAGAGUGCUGCACAAUGGGCAACGGACCUUUUUUUACUUUAGACGAAGAAAGCAGGCUUGUUUCACAUCUGAAAGAAAUGGCCCAACUUGGGUAUGGUUACAAUAGAAUGGAAGUGGUUGACAUAGCAACUGAUUAUGCAGUCAUGCUAGAAAAAAAAAGUAAAAAUGAGAAACCCUUUACCCUAACUUGGUUUUAUGGAAUGCUAGGACGAUGGCCCGAUCUUAAAGUUGUAAAACCAAGGGCAUUGGAAGUUGCAAGAGCAAAAGCUGCCAACAAGGAGAACAUUACUAAGUACUUCAAUGAACUUGAGAAAGCCCUUAUUAAAUAUGAUCUGAUGGACAAACCUCAUUUGAUUUACAAUGUUGAUGAGAAGGGUGUAACCAUCAACCACAACCCAUCAAAGGUAGUAUCAGGAGUAGAGACAUCACCGCAGGAGGUUACAUCUGGAAAGGGUGACACCGUGACUAUCUUAGGGUGUGGAAAUGCAAUUGGCAAUGCAUUACCCCCUUACUUUGUCUUCCCAGGACAGAGAAUGAAUGAUCAGUUGCUGGAGGGGUCUACACCAGGAACAGUUGGCACUGUCUCUAAGUCAGGGUGGUCUAAUUCGGACCUGUUUAUGGAUUUCCUCAGCAAUCAUUUCAAGAAAUUUGUUCCAGGCAAUGGGCAUGUGAUGUUAUUGUUAGAUGGACAUAAAUCUCAUGUUGCUGUAAGCACAAUUGAAUGGGCAAGGCGUCACAACAUUGUAAUACAGUUACUUCCAGCACACACUAGUCAUCUUUUGCAGCCAUUGGAUGUAGGUUGUUAUGGUCCUUUGCAAAAUAUGUACAACAGCAUAUGUCACAGAACUAUCAGAACAAAACAAUGUGCACUAACUCGUUAUGAUGUUUGCAGCAUGGCAUGCAAAGCUUACGGAAAUGCCUUAUCAGUCAGUAAUUUGCAGUCAGCUUUUAGAAAAACAGGCAUUUAUCCAUUCACAAAAGACAUUAUUAUGGAAUUACCACUGACACCGUCAGAGGCUUUCGUCAGUGAUAUUAUAGACAAUGAAGAAGGGUUAAACAGUGCUGUAGUUGAGAAUGUGAAUGAUAGUGAAAGAGAGGGAGUUAUGAGUGAUGAGGAGAAUGUGGGUGUUGUAAUUGAGGGAGAGGUUGGUUUGGAGGUAGUGGAGGUAGGUAGGAGUGGUGUGAGUGAUAGAGAUGAAGUUCAGAAUGAUGUGGAGAAUGACAGUGUUGUGAGUGUGGGUGAUAGAAUGAUUGAUGUGGCCGUGCAAGAGAAAGGAAGUACCGGUAAGAGUGAUUUUUUUGUACAAAAAAUAGUAAACAUGAAAAGAGUGAAAGGUGAGAAAAAAAAGAAGAGAAAUGUGUUAAGUAGAAUCAUCAGUGGCAAGACUGUGACAGAGGAUGAUGUGUUAGAGAGGAUGAAAGAGCAUGUGAGUAAGAAUCCUGGGAAGAAUGUUAGUGAAAGUGUGACUGAAAGUGGUAAGAAAGGCCAGAAUGGAUCUGUGGGAAGUAAGAGGAAGAGAGGGCCUGAGAAGAAACAAACAGCAAAAUCUUUAAAGAGUUGUUCUCAGAAGCCAGGAACUAGUGGAGUGAGUAGAUGUGUGAAUGAGUGGGCAAUAGACAGUGAGAGUGAGAGUGAGAGUGAAAUAAGAGAGGAUGAAAAGUGUUGUGUAUGCAAGAAGUUUGUUCCAGAGCAGGUGAGGCAGAGCAGCAGUUUGAUUUUUACAAAGUGGGCACAGUGUGAGAAGUGUGAGAGGUGGGUGCAUCUAAUUUAUUGUACGAAAGUGAGAGUGAUAAGAAGGGGUGAUAGUUUCAUGUGUGUGUUUUGUGAGGAAAAUGUGGAUUAAUUGAUAAAUAAAAAAAAUAAAAAUCAUAUUCUGAAACAUUAGUGUACUCAUUUAACAAAGAAACUGCUUUUGAGAUUAAUUCCCAAAAAUCAU